AUGGUCAGCUCCACAUGGCUGCUCGUAAUCGCAGCGACUGCGAUACCUUCCGUUAGCUGCAAAUCGGGUAAAGACCUCUGGGCGCAAGAAGGAGAAGAAUGGAGGUUCCUUGACGGAUUCCUCGAUUGGGCCAAGGAAAAGGAAUACAAAAACAACACGGCGGGAGCCCUAAAUGCGCGAGCUCAGGGAACUUUUUGGAACGCCAAAAGGGCCAAGGAUCAUCCGGACUCCUGGGUUGACGAGCAACAAUGCGGCAUCUCUUUCUAUUACCCGACCAUGGAAGCAAGGGCUAAGGACAAGAACAAUACUGCGCUAAACCCCAGUACCUCUUGGGCUGUUCCGUUCGCCGUCGCUCCAUGGUGUCAGAAGAAAGACCCCAUGCCCACCCCGGACGAGUACCCCGGCUAUGACACGAGUCAGGAGGGUAGUCAUUCGGUCGUAUUCCAUCAGCUUUAUGGCGGGCAAGCGGCCUGGAAGGACGACUGUCACAUGAUGCUCACCGAAACCAUCGGAGACGUAAAUGAGAAAUAUUGGAGCUUUUCGGACUUCAAUUAUACGUUCGCCAACUGCCCGGGGGCCGAAAAGAGCGAAUGCUUAGGGUGCAAUAUCAAGAUGUAUGAGGAUUGCGUAGAACUACGGACCAUGCUACAAGGUUUCAUCGAGACUCGACAUGGAGGCAAGAUCCCGAAUCCUUAUUUCGACGGUCAUGGCAAAGGUAGCACGAUCUGGCAGGAAUACACCGGGGUCAACAACUUCUGGGGGUACAAUGACAAGGCUGAAUGGUAUACAGAGCCACAAGUUUGA